AUGAAUGGAACAGCCAUUUCAAACUUUGCCUGUGUCAUUUUUAAUGUUUCCUUCAUGAAUUGCACCUGGCAUGUGGGCAGGACUGCUACAGAAGACACCCAAUAUUUCCUGUACUGGGGGUCCUUGAAGAAUGAAAAUGUCACAGAAUGCCAAAAUUACAUCAAAGAUACCCAUGGAAGGCACAUAGGAUGUCGAUUUCAAAAUGUGACAAUAAAAGAUAAUCGUCCUUAUUUCCUGGUAAAUGGGUCCAGAAGCGGACAAAGCAUUCAGUCAUAUGAGGAUUACAUAAAGCUAUACAAAAUUGAAAAACUCACGCCUCCACUAAAUGUCACAGUGAACUGUACAGAAGCUUCUCGUAGAUGUAGUAUUUGGUGGCAGCCACCUCGCACAAGUCAUGUGGAAAACAUGAGUUGUUUCAAAUAUGAAAUUGUCAUAGAAAACAAGGCUGAUGCUGAGAAAAACCCCAAAACUGCAUCUAAAACAGUAAAAAUCACUGAAAAUGACUCCUACCUAUAUGAAAGCUUCAGCUCAGGAAAAAGGUACAGCGUCAAAAUCAGAGCAGCAGAUGCAGGCUUUUGUAGAGUAAGCUCAAACUGGGGAGAGUGGAGUACACCUGUGGAGUUUGGAACACAACAAUUUACGUCUACUUCAUCAUAUAUGCUGUUUCUGAUACCAAGCCUGGCAGCAGGUCUCACAUUUCUCCUUUGCAUGACAGUAAGGGCUUAUUUCAAAAAAACAUCUGCUGCAGUACCACAGCCAAGAGACCCAUUCCGUGAGCCUUCUCCAAUGGACUUCCAGCCAGAAUAUACGAAUCUAUUAAAAAAACAAGGAACUGAAGAAAUAACAAAUAUUGAAGAAGUGAUGGAAUGCAAGUGA